ACGGAAGAAGACAAACACAACCUGAGCAGAGAAAAGGAAAGAAAUCAGAGGAGAGAGAGUGAGAGAGAGAGAGUCCCCCCUUCCAUUGAGACACUGGUGCCCCAUUUGUCACUUCAGACUUCAGACUUCACGUUUUCCUUUCCUUCUCUCUCUCUCUCUCACAGCUUCUUCAUUUACAUUUCGCCAUAAAAUAUUCAGAUACAUAAUACAUAUAUUGGCAGUUUGCGGCAAUGGGAGGUGAGAACGAAGAUUACAAGAAGGAGAGCAUUGCAUUGGCUGCAAUCCUCGUUUUUGCAUCUCUCUCCGUUGCUUCAGUUCUUGUAACAUUAACCUACUACUGCUACUUGAGGUACCAACUCUCCAAGCGUGCCAAGAUCCAACAACAAAAGAUCUACCAUGAGGAGAAAGCUAGCAAUUUUGCCAACAUCCAAGUUGCCACAGAGAGAGGGCUUCAGGUCUUCACUUUCAAGCAGCUGCAUUCAGCCACUGGUGGAUUUGGGAAGUCUAAUGUGAUUGGUCGUGGUGCGUUCGGGUUGGUGUACCGUGGAGUUCUUCAAAAUGGAAGGAAAGUUGCAGUUAAGUUGAUGGAUCAAGCUGGAAAACAGGGUGAAAAUGAAUUCACUGCAGAGGUAGAAUUGUUGGGGCGGCUAGCUUCUCCGUAUUUGCUUUCGUUGAUUGGCUUCUGUUCGGAGAGCAACCACAAGCUGCUAGUUUAUGAGUUUAUGGCCAAUGGAGGACUGCAGGAACAUUUGUAUCCCAUCAGUGGUAGUAAAUCCAUGCCUUCAAAUCUAAACUGGGAAACUCGACUGCGGAUAGCAUUAGAGGCUGCCAAAGGCUUGGAGUACCUCCACGAGCACGUUUCCCCCCCGGUGAUUCACCGAGACUUCAAAAGCAGUAACAUCCUUCUCGACAAGAACUUCCAUGCCAAGGUCUCUGAUUUCGGGCUAGCAAAACACGGGCCUGAGAAAGCCGGGGCUCAUGUCUCCACACGAGUCUUGGGCACACAGGGAUACGUUGCACCUGAAUAUGCUCUGACCGGACACCUGACCACAAAGUCGGAUGUCUACAGCUACGGAGUAGUCCUCUUGGAGUUGCUGACGGGCAGAGUUCCCGUUGACAUGAAGAGGCCUCCCGGUGAAGGCGUCCUCGUUUCUUGGGCGUUGCCGCACCUUACGGAUAGAGACAAGGUCGGAGAAAUCAUGGAUCCGGCGUUGGAGGGCCAGCAUUCGAGGAAGGAGGUGAUUCAAGUGGCGGCCAUUGCUGCGAUGUGCGUGCAACCAGAGGCCGACUACAGGCCGCUGAUGGCCGACGUGGUGCAGUCGCUAGUUCCCUUAGUGAAGCAUCAUAGACCUUCCGGUGCAGGCAACUUCGCAACCUCUCUAGCUACGCCAUCUCCGACUGCGUGAGACGCAGUUGAAGCCCAUUUUCGGAGGAGAAAACUGUUGCUAGAUUUCAUUCCACUCUUAGUAUAUGUUUUGUAGUGUAACCUAACUUUUCAGUUUUCGUGAUCAAACUUUUUAUGUAGUUUUUCUGAUUAGCUCUACGCAUGUUAUAUAUUGUAGUUUCCAUAAUGUGUAUAUUUUUAUGUUACGGUAUCACUAGGUUAUGUACUCAAUAAUUACUUAUGAAAAUUUGGAUUUUCUUAAUUUGACAA